AUGGCAACUCCAGAGCUGGCCAUCGCAAAGGCUACGCUCUCUGCCACACUAUUCCGCGCCGAUCCGACAUCUCUAAGCCGUCCCUCAGUUGAAGCUUUCUUCUCGCUCCUAACAGACGCCCUCGUCCGGUGCUCGCGCCCCAACGUCCAGAAAUGCAAGGUUUGGAUCAUCGAAAAUGUUGCCCCGUCUACCGCGCGCACCACUGCGCUUGCCAAGUACUACGGUGCUUUAUCAAAGAGUCUGCAAGACGAUGGCUCGCGGCCUAGUCUGAAACGACGCAGACUCCAUCUGUUAUACGUUCUGAAUGAUGUGUUUUACCAUAUCAUUGCGCGAAACGGCAACAUCGAGUUUGCGAUACCCUGGGACAACGUAUUGCCUAGUCUGAUCGCAAGCGCUUCCGCCUUCGACAAUUGCCCGAAACACAAGAAGAAGCUCGAGGAUCUUAUUCGACUGUGGGAUGAACAACAGUACAUCAACUCUAAGAUGGUCACCAAGCUUGAAGAAGCCCUCGCCAGCGGCGUCGCUCCACAAACAGCCCAGGAACCGCAAGUCUCGAAUGUUUCCCUGAAGCUUGCCAAAAACGCGCCAUUCACUCUCCCUUCCUUCCACGGCGACAACUCCGUACCAUGGCACGAUCUACCUGCGACAACAUGGUUACCACAUUUGACUCCGAAUUCGACCAAACCAAUGUUCCCUGACGAAAUUCGACCCAUUCGACUCGCCCCUGGACCCGCCGAUAAAGUUCUUGUGAAUGCCGUACAAGAUCUCUUGGGUGAGGUAGAGCGCAUGUUUUCCAAGGAGCAGAAGUGGGACGACGAUCCCACCAACGAUCUGAACGAACUUGGAGAACGAAUCAUCCUUGACGAGAUUACAGGUGAUAUCAUUGGAGGAAAAGAAAUGGUGGUAAGGGAGCAGCCCGAGGUCGUUCAAGAUCACGUAGCUACUCGCGUGGUCGAUCACGAAGCUCUUCACGACCUGCGCAUAAGCGGCCAAGGGUCUCAAGAGACUCCAGAAGUCGAAGUCGGUCUCACAGCCGCGACCAUGGCCGAAGUCGAAACCGACGUCAUACUUCUAGCUACAGCCGAAGCCGCAGUCGCAGUCGAAGCCGUGGAAACCAGCACGAUCGUUCGAGACAGCGAUCGUACAGCAGAUCACGGUCCCGUUCACCUUCGAGAUACUACAACAAAAACGUUCAAGAUCGACCGAAUCGUCCUCCCCCGAUUCCUCCACAGCAGCCUCAAGCCCAUUUCCCUCACAUUCCUCCAAGAGGGGAUUUCCCUCCACUGCCUCCACCACCAGCCGGCUAUCAUGGCCCUUGGCCAGUACCACCGCCUCCGCCCAUGGCACCAGGUUGGUUCCCUCACAAUCCGGCCAUGA